CAGUCCAUGACUCAAUAACGCUCCAUCCUCACGCAUACUUUACGCGCUUAUCUUUAUGUUCAGUGGCGCAUGUAUGAAUUUUUCGUCUUAUAGAGUCGCGUAAAACUCGUUGCCAUGACAGCACCGGCUCUAACGGGGCUCUCCAUGAUGAGUUUGCUCAGUUUGGGUUAUCUGUCCUGGGACUGGACGAGUCCGAACCAGGUUGAGCAGCCGAACCAUCAGCGCCCGCACAUUAUCUUCAUAAUGACGGACGAUCAGGGCUUUAAUGACAUCGGGUAUCAUAACCCCGACAUCCACACACCGACACUGGACAAACUGGCUGCGAAGGGAGUCAAGCUGGAGAACUAUUACAUUCAGCCCAUAUGCACACCAUCCCGGAGUCAGUUCAUCACUGGCAGAUACCAGAUCCAUACGGGUCUCCAGCACUCAAUAAUCCGCUCACAGCAGCCCAGCUGUUUGCCCUUUGACCUCAGGACGUUGCCACAGCGCCUACAGGAAGUGGGUUACUCCACUCACAUGGUUGGCAAAUGGCAUCUGGGCUUCUACAAGCGGGAUUGUCUGCCCACCCGCCGCGGAUUCCACACGUAUUUUGGAUCUCUGACAGGCAGCGUGGACUACUACACAUAUAAGUCUUGUGAUGGACCAAAGGUUUGCGGUUACGACCUUCACGAGGGCGAGAGUGUGGCGUGGGGUCAGGGGGGGCGUUACUCGACGCACCUGUACACGCAGAGAGUCCGAAAAAUUCUGGCCUCGCAUGACCCGUUGUCCCGGCCUCUCUUCAUUUUUCUAUCUUUCCAAGCCGUACACACUCCAUUGCAGUCGCCGAGGGAGUACGUCUACCCGUAUCGACGGAUGGGAAGUGUUUAUCGCCGAAAGUAUGCCGGGAUGGUUUCGGCUGUGGAUGAUGCGGUACGGAACGUGACGUAUGCGCUCCGUAAAUACGGCUACUACAAGAACAGCGUUAUCAUCUUCUCGACGGAUAAUGGAGGACAGCCUCUUUUUGGCGGGAACAACUGGCCUCUACGGGGCAGAAAGGGAACAUACUGGGAAGGAGGUGUCCGUGGAAUCGGAUUCGUCCAUAGUCCACUUCUGAAGCGCAGGAAAAGAGUUAGCAAAGCUCUGGUCCACAUCACCGACUGGUACCCUACACUGGUGCGCAUAGCGGGUGGGAACAUCUCCCAAACAGAUGGUUUGGAUGGAUUUGACAUGUGGGAAACCAUCAGUGAUGGCAAGGAAUCUCCACGGCUGGAGAUCCUUCAUAAUAUCGACCCACUCUACAACUUCGCCCGUCACGGAUCUUUGAAAAACGGAUUUGGGAUCUGGAAUACAGCCAUUCAGGCGGCGGUUCGAGUUGGGGAUUGGAAGCUUCUGACUGGAAAUCCCGGAUAUGGAGACUGGACCCCUCCACAGGUGCUCGGAGACUUCCCGGAAACCUGGUGGACCCUGGAACGCCAUGUGGAGCCGAAGAAGUCGGUGUGGUUGUUCAAUGUGGCAGAUGAUCCAUACGAGCGCUAUGACCUUGCCGAGCAAAGACCAGACGUGGUCAAGCAGCUCUUGGCCCGAUUAGUGUACUACAACCGGACCGCCGUUCCAGUACGCUACCCUUCGGAAGACCCCAGAGCAGAUCCGAGACUUAACGGGGGGGCCUGGGGCCCUUGGGUGGGGGAUGUAGAAAACUGGGAGGCAUUUUACCUCCGAAAGAGAAAAAUCAAGAAGGAGAAACUGAAGUUUUCCAAAAUGAAGUCAUUUUUUAGGAGACUGAAUAUUAGAAUGAUGUCCAACAGAAUUUAAACAAACGAAUCAUUUAUGAACUGAUUAUCACAAAUGCUGCUGACAAUAACAUAUUAUUUUAGGGACUUCCCUGUGCAAAGUUUGUUGAAGGAAUGAAUUAAUAAACAUUGUAAGCUCUCUGAUCUGUGUGCACUCUGUGCUAUUUUCUCCCAGCUAGGAGACUAUGUCAUGGAGAAUGUUUCCUUUUGGAUUCUCUCAUGGACAAUUCCACACUAUUAUAUGUUUGAUUUUGCUACCCCUCUCAUCCACUCUAAAACUGAGCAUUUCAAAUACUCUCUCCAUUACCGCAUACUUUGGAAAAUUAUGACGUUAGGUAACUGAAAACAUCGUUUUCAAACUUCACCCAAAAUUAAUAAUGUUCUCAU